AUGGCCACAGUGGAGGAAGACAUUGAGCCACCCUCUCAGGCGUCCGCAGCCCAAGUCCUUGAUAAAAGACGAUUUUCUCAGGACAUUCGUGUUCUGGGCCGAGACGAGAUUGACAAUCUAUUAUCCAACGUUGAUGGUCGUCCUUUUAGUGUCAUACAUCGUCUUCCAGAGUUAAAGGAGGAGGGUAUACCUUAUUUAAUGCCUGGCGUCCCUAUCACAUGUAAAGUGGAUAACACAGAGAGAUACACCACUCGCUCUAAGGUCCAUGUAGGCACCCUGUAUACUGUGACGCUAACUCAUGGUCAAUUCCACUGGACAGUAAAGAGGAAGUACAAACACUUCGAGGAGUUGCAUCGGGAUCUCUACAACCACAGGAUGAUGAUUCACCUUCUGCCUUUAGGAAAAUUUGCAAAGGAGCGGCAACAGCUAAGGGACAUGCCUCAGGAAAUGCCCAGCUUACGAGGGAACCAACGCUCCAGAAUGACGUCAAGCAAACUGAAAUACCUUGAAGAGUACCUGAAUGGGCUACUGGAGAACAGGAUAUGUAGGAAUCACCACAGCAUGUCGGAGUUCCUCUCUGUUGGCACUCUCUCCUUCAUCUCGGAUCUUGGGCCCAAAGGCUUAGAAGGGCCCAUUUUCAAGAGAUCAGGGGGUCACCGCAUUCAAGGUUUGAAUUGCAUCGGCCAUCAUCAGUUCUGCUUCCGCUGGUCACGCCGCUGGCUGGUGGUGAAAGAUUCCUUCUUGAUGUACAUGAACCGCGACAAAGGACGCAUCAACUUUGUUUUACUCUUCGAUCCCGAGUUCCAAGUCAAAGUGGGCCGUGCUUACACCGACACUAAAUACGGAGUAUGCAUUGAGAACUUCACUCGGAAUCUGAUCAUCAAAUGCAGUAGCUACAGACAAGCACACUGGUGGAGUCAUGAAAUCAACCGGCUAGCAGCAACCUGCCAUUUUCUCAAAGUGCAACGCUUUGAGGGAUUUGCUCCUCCAAGGGACAACACGCAAACUAAAUGGUAUAUAAACGGAAGCGACUACUUUGCUGACCUUGCUGAUGCACUCGAGCAGGCAAAAGAGGAAAUCUUUAUCACUGAUUGGUGGCUCAGCCCUGAAGUGUUUCUGAAGAGACCAGCAACUGAUAACUUCUGGCGCUUGGAUGAAGUACUCAAACGCAAAGCUGAGCAAGGCGUCAAAGUGUGUGUUCUGCUGUACAAAGAGGUGGAGCUUGCACUGGGCAUCAAUAGUGGGCACAGUAAAAGGACACUUAUGGAUAUGCACCCAAACAUCAAGGUGAUGAGACAUCCUGACCAUGUGUCAUCAGUGGUAUUCCUUUGGGCUCACCAUGAAAAGAUGGUGGCCAUUGACCAAACUGUAGCCUUUAUUGGGGGAAUUGAUCUGGCAUUCGGAAGGUGGGAUGACAAACAGUACCGGCUAACUGACCUUGGCUCGACAGAAACGACAGAAAAGGUGGCAGAGCCUGAGCCAGAGCCAAAAGGAGAUACAGAUCAGAAUGGUUUGGCUGGUCCAAACCCAUCUGAUGAUAAAGCAGAGGAGGUUGUGGACCUGACAGGCAACACCAAAUUGUGGCUUGGCAAAGACUACAGCAACUUCAUCAGGAAAGACUGGGUCCAGCUGGACAAACCAUUUGAAGAUAACAUCGACCGUACUCGAGUUCCUCGCAUGCCGUGGCGUGAUUUGUCAGCAGCUGUUCAUGGUAAAGCAGCGAGAGAUGUGGCUCGUCACUUCAUCCAGCGCUGGAACUUCACCAAGAUCUUCAAAAACAAAUACAAGGACAAUUUCUACCCCUACCUUCUCCCUAAAUCUCAUUAUUCUGCUGAUACACUGUCUUUCACCGUACCUGACACCAAGAAGGCCAAAGUUCAGGUGUUACGUUCUGCAGAUCGUUGGUCUGCUGGUACUUGUGAAAACUCAAUCCUUAAUGCCUACAUCCAUACCAUCGAGAACAGCCAGCACUUCAUUUACAUUGAGAACCAAUUCUUCAUCAGCUGCGCUGAUGGCAAGACAGUCUACAAUGGGAUCGGCGAUGCCAUUGUGAACCGAAUCCUUCGUGCUUACAGGGAGCAGAAGACGUACAGAGUGUUUGUUGUGAUCCCACUCUUACCUGGAUUUGAAGGAGACAUCAGUACCGGAGGUGGAAAUGCGAUCCAAGCCAUUCUUCACUUCACUUACAGGACUAUAUGCCGGGGGGAACAGUCCAUCCUUUCAAGACUCAGUGAAAUGGAGGACCGAUGGACAGAGUACAUUACAGUCUGUGGCCUGAGAACAAAGGCGGAACUUUCCCAGUCACUUGUCACAGAGCUCAUCUAUGUUCACAGCAAGACCCUUAUAGCGGAUGACCGCUGCUACAUCAUUGGAUCAGCCAACAUCAACGAUCGCAGCAUGCUGGGGAGCCGAGACAGUGAGCUGGCAGUGUUUGUGGAAGAUGAAGAGAGGAUCCCAUCCAUCAUGGGAGGAGAGGAGUACCAAGCAGGACCCCUUACACUUGCUCUGCGCAAAGAAUGCUUCAGUGUUCUUCUUGGAGUUGCUUCGAACCCUAGUAUCAAAAUUGAUGAUCCAAUCAGUGAUGACCUGUUCUUCUUGUGGUGGAAUUCUGCUGCCAAAUUGAAUGCCACUAUUUACAACAAGGUCUUCUGCUGCCUACCGUGUAAUACUGUCCAUAAUCUGCAAGAGCUGAAAGAGUACACAAGCAAGGAGCGCCUCAGUGACACGGACCCCGAAAAGGCCAGGGAGGAGCUCAAGGCAAUCCAAGGGCUGCUGGUCCACUUCCCCCUGAAGUUUUUGUGUGAAGAGAACCUGCUGCCUCCGCUGAACACAAGAGAGGGCAUUGCCCCUGUCGGGCUCUGGACAUAG